AUGCUUCUGUCGCCGGCGCCGCUCAAGUGCAUUCAAUCGCGGAGCAAGUACAUCAUCAUGCAUGUGGCGCUGCGCAUCAGCACCGAGAGCGUGCGCUCGGCGCUCGAGACGACCUUCGCAUGGGGUGUCGCCCUCCUCGUGGACCACACGCAAGAGUUCUUCUGGGGCCUCCUGCUCCUCACGUGCUUUAGCCUCCUCAGCUACAUUAUGGAGCCGGAGAAGCCUAAGGGUCCGAAGGCGUCGCAGCCGCGCUGGGAGCUCUUCUGCCUCUCCAACUACUUUGUCAUAUAG